CGCCGCGACCUGGUUGGCCAGGCGGGGGUUGGGGGCGUCGCGGAUUGGUCCCGGCCGCGAGCUCAGCGGUGCGGGGUGCCCCGGGUCCCGGAGCCCGCGGCCUGAGGGAUGGACGAGACGAGCCCACUUGUGUCCCCCGAGCGGGCCCAACCCCCGGACUACACCUUCCCGUCCAGCUCGGGCGCUCACUUUCCGCAGGUGCCGGGGGCCGCGGUCCGAUUGGCGGCGGCGGCCGGCCAGGCCCCCUCUCCGCCGGGCUCGCCAGGCCACGACCGGGAGCGGCAGCCACUGCUGGAUCGGGCCCGGGGCGCGGCGGCCCAGUGCCAGACCCAAACCGUGGCGGCGCAGGCCCAAGCCCUGGCCGCCCAGGCCGUGGCGGCGGCGCACGCCGCGCAGGCACACCGCGAGCGGAAUGAGUUCCCGGAGGACCCCGAGUUCGAGGCCGUGGUGCGGCUGGCCGAGCUGGCCAUCGAGCGCUGCAUCUUCCCCGAGCGCAUCUACCAGGGCUCCAGCGGGAGCUACUUCGUCAAGGACCCUCAGGGGAAGAUCAUUGCUGUCUUCAAACCCAAGAAUGAAGAGCCAUAUGGGCACCUUAAUCCUAAGUGGACCAAGUGGCUGCAGAAGCUGUGCUGUCCCUGCUGCUUUGGCCGUGAUUGCCUUGUCCUCAACCAGGGCUAUCUCUCAGAGGCAGGGGCCAGCCUGGUGGACCAAAAACUAGAACUCAACAUUGUACCCCGUACAAAGGUAGUAUACCUGGCCAGUGAGACCUUCAACUAUAGUGCCAUUGACAGAGUGAAGUCCAGGGGAAAGCGGCUUGCGCUAGAGAAAGUGCCAAAAGUUGGGCAGCGGUUUAACCGUAUCGGGCUACCACCAAAGGUUGGUUCAUUCCAGCUCUUUGUUGAAAGCUACAAAGAUGCAGAUUACUGGCUACGGCGUUUCGAAGCAGAACCUCUCCCUGAGAACACUAACCGGCAACUACUGCUGCAGUUUGAGCGGUUGGUGGUGCUGGAUUACAUCAUCCGCAACACUGAUCGAGGCAAUGACAACUGGCUGAUUAAAUAUGACUGUCCGAUGGAUAGUUCUAGUUCUCGGGACACAGACUGGGUGGUGGUGAAGGAGCCUGUUAUCAAGGUGGCUGCCAUAGACAAUGGGCUGGCUUUCCCCCUGAAGCAUCCUGACUCCUGGAGAGCAUAUCCUUUUUACUGGGCCUGGUUGCCCCAGGCAAAAGUCCCAUUCUCUCAGGAGAUCAAAGAUCUGAUUCUUCCAAAGAUAUCGGACCCUAAUUUCGUCAAGGACUUGGAGGAGGACCUAUAUGAACUCUUCAAGAAAGAUCCUGGUUUUGACAGGGGCCAGUUCCAUAAGCAGAUUGCUGUCAUGCGGGGACAGAUCCUAAAUCUGAGCCAGGCCCUGAAAGACAACAAGAGUCCCCUGCACCUCGUCCAGAUGCCGCCUGUGAUUGUCGAGACGGCCCGUUCCCACCAGCGGUCCGCUAGCGAUUCCUACACACAGAGCUUUCAGAGUCGGAAGCCCUUCUUUUCGUGGUGGUAGCCUGAGAGGCAGACAAAGGCAUAUUGUCUGAGACUUGGGCUGGGAGGAAGCCUGGGGAGUGGGUUGCAGGAAAAGCCAGAGAAGCCAGUGGAGAACAGUGCCCUUAAGAGCUCUCCCUGUCUGCUCAUCACCCCACUCAGGGCUUUCCCAAGCACAGGGAGAAGCACAAUCAGAGGGACAGUCAGUGCUGUUGGGGCACUUCUGAGUGCUGGAACUCCAUGCAAGUAGUUCAGAUGCCAGGAAAGGAGCAUCUCCCUUCCAACGUCUCCUGGGGACAGGCUGGGAAAUUCCCCUCCCUCCCUGACACCCUGCUCUGUUUCAAUUCUUCAUUAUAUUCUGCAUCAGAA